CGGAUAUUGUUGCUCAUGGUAACUAUGACUCGGUUAUAAACCGGGAGUUUGACGAUGUUUUCUAGAUUUUAUGAUAUUUAAACACUCAAUCGUAAAAUUUCAAUGAAUUCAAGAAGACAUAUAUGACGGUAGCCAUAUUGGCUUUUGACAUUUGAUAUUGUGUAUAACCAAGAUGUAAAAUUAAUGGUCUCAACAACAGACCAAGUGUUCAAUGCAUAUCCCGUCUGACACAGCAGUCAAAGGAACAAUGCCAGGGAAGAAAAAGGGUGGGGGAAAAAAAUCGGGUAAAAAAUCAGGUAAAAAAUCUGGAAAGAAAAGUGGCAAAAAAUCAGCAAGAGCCUCAGCCAAAUCAGGAAAGAGUGAAAAAGAAGGACCCCCAGAUAUUAUGAGUGGACCUGCUAUGGAGAAUUUAUAUUUUAUUGCACAUGAUGCACCUGAUGCAUUAGAAAAACGUGGCUUUGGGUGGCCUGAGGCACCAAAGGGUAAAAAAGGAAAAAAAGGAAAAAAGAAAAAGAAGUGAAGAAUUUUAAUUCAGGUCUAUUGACCACAAGUCAAUUAAUAGUGCCACAUUUUUUUUCUCUCAAGAAAAUGCAACAUUAUGUUAUUAGAGCUUUAAAUGAUUGUUUAAUGAAUAUAUAUAUGUGAUUGAGCAUGUUGAAUGUCUGUUCUAUUUUUGUCUUGGAUGUUUACCACGGCUGAAUAGGUAAUGGGUACUAUAACUACACAAUGUCAUCUGUAUUGCCAAAUUCAGUCAUAGCAUUUUGCCUGCCAUUAUUGUUAUAGAUUUUUGUAGACGUUCAUAUUUAUUUACAAAACUUGUUAUGUUUAAAUGAAUGUGUUGGUAUGUUUUAUAAUAGAUUGUGCGUGUAUGUGUUCUCAUUCAAAAUAUGGUUGUUGACUGAUUUAUAUUUGUGAAUCUCAUGCUAAAUCUAAAAAUUAGAAGACAACAAAUAUUAGAAUCUAGUCAUAGAAGAGUUUUUAACAAGAAUUUAUCAUUGCAGUUUAUACUAAUAUCAAAGUUUGAAAAUAUAUUCUAUAAGCCAAAUCAUUUUAUUACGAGAUAAAAGAUAGUU